UCUAUCGAUGACUUCGCGGUCACACCGCUAGCAACAGUUCCACCAUUUCAUGAUCUGAGCAAGACAAUUGGAACUCCUUUGAGGCAUACCUAAACGCUGAAAGCUAGAAGCGAGCCGAAAGUGGCCGCCUUGUUUAGCACGUGGAGCACGUGGAGAAAGAAUAUUUUAUCUGCUACGUUUAUUAAAUACAAAUGAAAAUGUUGGAGGAGGACACAUUUAGUGAAUAUUAUUUAUGCAAUUUCAACGAUGCAGUGCCAGUGGAUGAUUUACCGGCGGAUGAGCUACUGCGCCAGUUAUGGACCGGCAAAGAGCUGUGGACAGUGCAGGAGCUGCGGCAGAUCAUCACAAACUGGCAGAAUAAAGACAUUAAAAAGGCUCCGACGCAGCUAUUCAACAGCUUUCUGCGUCUGUUCUUUGCGUUUGUGCAGAACAAUUGCACCGGACCCUUUGAUAAAGUCGCAGACUGCAAGCAAAUGCUGAGCCAACUGCAGUUGGAGGCGUUCGAGCCACAGGAGCAGCUGAAGGCCAGUGGCGAGGAGUUGAAUCCCAAUGUCAAGACAGGCGAACUGCUGGUUAUUGCCAGGGCAAUAUUGCGAGGCUUGCUAGAAGCUUAUCCCGAAUCAAAGGUACUGGCCGUUUGGAACAUAAGGCUGAUUUGCCAGCAUCAGCUAAUCAUGGAUGAUCUGGCAGCCUCCCUCUACGAGCAGUUCAAGGCGGGCGCUGUGGUGCUGCGGCCCCAGGCCAAGCACUUUGCCAGCCGAGAGCUGCAGUCGGUGCUGCUGUUGGAGCUGGCCAACGGCUACCUGCUGUUCCAUCGCUCCGAAAUGGCCUCUCAAGUCCUGGAUGAGCUCUGCGGCCACCUACAGGUGGAACUGAAGGUCGAGGGUUUGCUUGGCGUGCGAACAAAGUUCCAGCAGAAACCCUUGCCGCAGCUCUGCUUGAAAGUAGAGCAGCUGUCGGAAGAGACCAACAGUUCUGACCUACCGGCAGCUGCCGACACCAACAGGCACACAAAGCUGCCCAAGCUGCUACUUCUGGAGGAUGAUACACGACUGGAGCGUAUACGAUUCAUUGAGCCAAAGGACAAUGAUGUCAUGACGCUGCCCAGCGUACUCCAGGCCCUCGUACUGGCCAAGGUCAAACAGUUGAAGCGCUCGCAGCCCAAGGAUCGUCUGGCAGAUGAGCAGCUGGAGCCGUACACUCAGACAUUGCUCUAUCAGGAGCACGGACCGCUGCAAGUGCGUCAGGCAGCUUUGCUACUGAACUGCCUGCAGGAGUCUGGCCAACGCCGGACUGUGGAGCGUAGCUGGAAGCAGUGCGAGGAGUGCGUCAAGCUGUUGGACCACACUGAAGAGCAGCAGUCGCUCAGGUCUAGGCUGUCGUAUGGAUUUGCUGCUCAUCUGCAGCCCAUCUGGCAUGUGCAGCUGCAGCUGGUGGAUCUGCUGCGCUCCCUGGGCAUGACCAAGACUGCCCUGGACAUUUGCCUAAAGAUUCAUGCCUGGCAGCAGGUGAUUGACUGCUACACCAGCCUGGAGCUGCGACACAAGGCAGCGGAGAUUAUACGCCAGGAGCUGGAGAAGAAGCCCACGGCGCUGCUCUACUGUCUGCUGGGCGAUGCCAUCGAUGAUCCGCAGUGCUACGAGCAGGCGUGGCUGCAUUCCAAGAAGACCAGCAGCAAGGCGCAGUCCUAUUGGGGAAACUACUUCUACCGAAGGGCAGAGUAUGCCCAGGCCUUGGAGCACUUUCAGCUGUCCCUAGAGAUCAAUACGCUGCAGGAGUCGACGCUGCUGCGCUGCGGCUACUCUGCAAUGCAGCUGGAGAAAUGGGAGUCGGCCGUUAAGUCGUAUCUGGCCUACACGCACCUGGAGGCAAACGGCUUCGAAUCGUGGAACAACCUAGCCAAAGCCCUGAUCAAUCUGGGCGACAAGCAGCGAGCGCAUCGCGUGUUGGGCGAGGCACUCAAGUGCAACUACAGCAACUGGAAGGUGUGGGAGAACUACAUGCUGGUGGCAGUGGACACCUCCCACUGGGACGAUGCCAUGCGCGGCUAUCAGCGUCUGUCCGAGCUGAAGCAGCACUACCUAGACCAGGAGGUGCUCGCGAGAAUCGUUUAUGGCAUAGCCAAGCAGAACCAGGAAGCACCUUGCCCGCUGCUGAUCAAAAGAGUUGUCCAACUCCUCGGCCAACAGUGCAUUCAGCAUGGAAACGAACCGCUGGUCUGGGAGCUGGCUGCAGUGGUGGCUGCCACACCGCUAAAGAAGGCCGAACGGCUGGUCAAAUCGUAUCGGGCCUACACGGCCAAGCAUUCUGGUUGGGAAGUCAAGGCAGAGGAUGCCCAGAAGGCUCUAGAUCUUUGCCUGGAGGUAGCCGAGCUGUCUCUGGCGGCGGUGCAGGAGCACGCGGCUGACGAGAGUGAAGUCAUGAUUACAUCAACCUUAAAUUCGGCGCGACUCUCAGGCACAUCCUGUCUGAAUGCCCUGCGGCGGGCCAUCAACGUCAAUGUGCCGGUAGAACAGCAGGAGAAAGUGGAGCAACUGGAUAAACAGAUCGCAGAUCUAACCCAAGUCGUGCAACAACGGAUGAACACUCAACGCUCGGUUUAGCCUGUCUCUGGCCUAGAU